CAGCAACACAUCUCUCCGUGACCUGGUUUGCGCAAGCAUAAACUCGGAUUCUCGUUGAGUCGUUGGCACCAUGGAACUGGAGCUGUCCAUGUGUUUAUAACCGGAUGUAAAAUGCCAUGAAGCGCGAAGAUGUAAACCAAAGAGGGAAUUCUGAAAAUGCAAAGUAAUUGCGACCACUAUUGGCUAUUCUCCAGAAUAAUUGUCUCGUGAAAUAGUCUGAAAUACUGAAGCUCGAGUGAAACUUAUAAACCCCUGUGAGAGGAGCAGCUUCUACCAGCAACAUUAUUCAGUCUUCUACCAGAACAAGGUGACCUGUCUUUCACCCAGGCGCCUGCAGCCGCAAAGUAUUCGACUGCAUGGAUAUCGUAUCUCUCAGCUUGGCCAGAAAUUAAUCAGUUUCAGCUCAGAGAGAGAGUUGCCGAUAGCAGCAUACACACACAAGCCUUGCAGCAAUGGUGGGCCACUGUGACCUACCUCAUGAAGCCCCCUGCAACAGCGGGACAUAGAUCGUUCUCUCCCACCGCAAGUUCAACCGUUGCUAUAAUGAGACCAAAUGUGAGACUGCACGGCCUGUGAACUUGGCUCAAUGUAAGAGGGAGAGCAGGCACAUCGAAGGAGAGACGGAGACAUCGGACAGAGGGGGAGUUGCGGAAGAGGAGGAACAAAACUACAGAAUACUGACAACAAGAUGCAAAGGAUCCCCACGCACAGAGCAUGAGGUGGAGAGUUGGAAAAUAUUAGAGAGGGAGAAGACUGUGUUGUAUUAGCUUUUUUAAUUCAAUAAGGGUCCCACCCUGGUUUCCUGCUGCAACAUUAUUGACUGAAAUUAGGGGGAGAAGCUAAACGACUAUAACCUAGUGUAGUACUGUCAUGCCCUGCACUACCAUGGAGAAUAAAACCUGCCUUCCAUAAUGGCAUCUUUCAUACUGCACCAUCUGGACGUCACUGGAAACAUGAGGUACAUUCACAAAUGUUAGCCUAGCAGUCUAAGACCAGUCCACAAUUGAUUUGUACCAAAAAGCAGAAGUUGUGAUCGUUUCUCAGACCAACUUCCUCAACAUCCUGACCUAGUGUCAGCAUAAUUUGCUUCGCCACAGCAAGCCUUCAUCGGGGUGUUUUGAAGUAAAACAAUUGGUCUGAAGAAGCUCUGAGAAUGAUGACCAUGUCUGUGCUGGCCACCGCCGGACCAGAAAGCGGGGUGACCCAGCUCGUCCCCAUUCCCACGCUGAACAUCCUUCCCCCGUCCUCAGACACAGAGGCCUGGUCCCGCUUUCCCAGCCCUCGGCCUCCCCGCCGCCACCGGCUCACCCACCCCCACCGGAGCAGAGGCCGGACCAAGAAGAGGAGCGAUGGAGAACAAGAGGAGUCAUCCAAACCCCGGUGGAACGUCACUGAAGAGGAGGGGGUGGAGAGGGUGAAGGGGAGCGCUACUCCUCAAGGAAGCCCCUCACCUCUCCCUUCACCCCUCUUGCCCCCCCACGUGGAGGACACAGUCCUGGGCCCUUCCCUGGACCUCUUGCUACCCCCGUCGUCUCGCAUCUCCUGGUCACGUAGCUCGUCUCUCGGCCGGCGCUCACGCUGGUCCCUCAGGAGUCUGCUCAGCAGGGAAUCUGACUGGGACAGCUGCAGUACCGCCAGUAACUCUCCACGCAGCACCCCUGGCAGCUCCCCCUCUCUGCGCCGUCGGGUGCUGGGGGGUAGUGGUGGGGGUGGAAGCAGGACCAGUGACGUGGAGGGUGGCCCGGGGGAGCGCAGUGGGGAAAGGAGAGGUUCGGACAGCCCCCUGCCCUCCGCCGCCGCUUCCGCAUACCCCGUCGCCUCACGCCAUUUCAGCCGCAACGCCAAGAAAAUGCAGAGCUGGUACAAUGUUCUCAGUCCAACUUAUAAACAGCGCAAUGAGGAUUUCCGUAAACUCUUCAAGAAGCUGCCAGACACGGAACGCCUCAUAGUGGACUACUCAUGUGCGCUGCAGAAAGACAUUCUACUCCAGGGGAGACUCUAUCUGUCAGAGAACUGGCUCUGCUUCUAUAGCAAUAUCUUCCGCUGGGAAACCACUAUUACAAUCCUGCUGAAAGAUGUGACCACCCUGACCAAGGAGAAGACUGCCAAGGUCAUCCCCAACGCCAUUCAGAUCAGCACCGACCACGACAAGCACUUCUUCACGUCUUUCGGGGCGAGGGACCGCAGCUACAUGAUGAUGUUCAGACUGUGGCAGAACGCACUGAUGGACAAGCCUCUGUCCCCAAAGGAGCUGUGGCACAUCGUCCAUCAGUGUUACGGCACUGAGCUGGGCCUCACCAGUGAAGAUGAUGACUAUGUCUCCCCCACCGACGAGCACAUUAACGGUCUACUGCCAGUGGAAGAGUCGGUCUCUGUCUCUGACCUGUUGGACCUCAGCUCCUUGGGGGCCAUAGCUUCUCUGGGCAGCUCGCCCUCCUCCAUGGCAGCCUUGUUCCCCAGUGGCCCCCUCCUAGCCAGCGGUGGUCUGGGCUCCUCUCCUCCCUCCUCAUCCACCUGUCUGCCCGUAGACAUCCCCGUAGACAUCCCCGGCAGCCCCUCCCUUGACCCCCCGGACCCCAGCCCGCCCAGCUCCCAGAGCUCCCUUCCCUCCACCACACACACCGCCUCCUUGUCUGCCCCCGCCUCAGCUGCUGCCUCUUUCUAUGUGGAGGAGGACGGGGACUUCCUGUUGGAGUCUGCCAAUCACAUGAUGCCCCCGUCUGCCACCAGCCUGGGAAACCUCUCCUCAUUGGACCAGCUCACCAACGACGACGAGCUGCCCACUGACCCCAGCAACUCCUCAGACACACAGGAAGAGGACGAGGUGGAGUCGUUCUGUGCGGACCUGGCUGGCCGGCUGCACAUCAACAUGGCGGUGCGCAUGAGCGUGGACAAGCUGCAUGACCUGCUCUUCUCCGCAGACACACACUUCAUCCAGCAUCUCUUCUCCCAGCGGCACUUCACAGACCUGUCAGUUCGCGAGUGGCAGCAGGACAGCUGCACUGGGAACACCAACCGGAUCCUGAGUUACACCAUCGCCAUCAACAACCCCCUGGGCCCCAAGACCGCCCCCGUAGUGGAAACUCAGACGCUGUUUAAGAACAGUGCACCGGGCGAGUGUUACGUGGUGGACUCGGAGGUGAUUACCUCGGGCAUCCCCUACCAGGACUACUUCUACACCGUGCACCGCUACUGCCUCACCGCCAUCAACAAGAACAAGAGCAGACUCCGGGUGUCGUCAGAUAUCUGCUACAAGAAGCAGCCGUGGAGCCUGGUGAAGGCGCUCAUCGAGAAGAACACCUGGAGUGGCAUCGAGGAGUACUACAGACACAUGGAGAGUGAGGUGUGUAAGCUGGAGACCCUGCUCCAGUCUGAGGUGUCAGUGGUGACCUCUGGGGAUGUGGUGGGGGCAGACUCUGCCAAGACACCCCCGGCCCUGCGGCGACGCAAACGCACCUGCUCCCGGCGCCUGGCGGACCGGGAAAGAGAGGGAGGUGGCGCGGGAGGUGGAGAGCGCGGGGACCGAGGAAUAGGAGAGGAGCGGAGAGAGGCGGGUGGUCAGUACAAGCACGGAGAGCGGUCGCGUGGCGGAGGCAACAGUAUCUCUACCAUACUGCUCAUAGUCAGCUUCAUGAUCUGUGUCAGUCUGGUGGUGUUGGUGGCCCUCAACAUGCUCUUGUUUUACAAGCUGUGUUCUCUGGAGAGAGCUGCACACACACUGGAGACGUGGCACUCCUUCUCUCUGUCUGACAGUCCUCUACCCCAGUCGGCAGGAGAGUGGGCCCAGGUGUUGCAGCUCCAGAGACAGUUCCACCAGGCCCAGCUGGGCAAAUGGCAACAGAUCCUCCAAUCCUCAGUCACUCUGCUAGACCAGAUGAAACAGUCGUUGGAAAAGCUCCACCGAGGCGUCGUCACUCCAGAAGUCCAGCAGGAUCCCCCCUCGAACCCCACUUCAGAGUCUCUCACUGAGCACUGAUCCUCCCUCCCUCCACCCUCCAACCUCAAGCCCUCAAGUGGGUACGAAUGGACCACGGGGGGCGAGAACCACGGUGGAGGUGGCCAGAGGGGGAGGGUCCAACUGGGCCAAUCAGGGAGAGUGACACUCUCUCUCACCCGAUCCCAAGCUCCGCUCCUGCUUCUCUACUCAAAACAGACAGGGAGAGAUGUGGGGGUGGGGGGGGGUCCCACGCCUCAGUCUGAGCAACCUGCAAUGAGGUGGGUGGUGAGUGACCUUUGGGGUACUACACUACCCAUAACUCCCCACACCUCAGUCUGAGUAACCUGCAAUGGCAAAGUCCCACCUUCUCUCACGCCCAGACAGACUGGGAAUGUCUUCAGGACUACAGCAAUAACAUAGCACGGUGAGCCAACCAUAUCUCCCACAGUCAGGGCUAAAGGCUGGCCAGUUUGUAUAGUACCAUCUGCUCCUCACAUGCAACCAACCACGCUGCUCACCUUGAAACAUAUCCCCUGCCUGAGAAUCCAAGAGACAUUUUCAAAAGAAAACGGACGAUCUACUGCAUUUCAACAUGUGCAGCCCUGCUGCUGCGUUUCAAAUGGACAGACUCCGGUCCAGCGCAUUUCAUAACGGACUGACUUGACUUGGACCGACUGCAUUUCUCAAAAUGGGCCAACCCAGAUUUAACUUUGCUUUUCAAAAUGGAUGGACUCUGACAUUUGGGAAAUUGGGAGCUUUCCCAGCCCUGAUAAACAGCUAUGGCUCUGUUCCCAGCUGAAGCCAGCCUAGGGGACUUAUGUGCCUCGGUGUGAGGGGUCCGCUCAGCUAAGUCCCCCUUGAGCCUCUGGAAAUGAGGGACACAUGACGAGGGAGGGGAAAGCUCUGAUGGAUUACAGAAAGUCUCCUGUUUCUAACACUUUUUUUUCGUUCUCUCUCUCGCUCUCUCAUUCUCUCUCUCUCGCUCUCUCAUUCUCUCUCUCGCUCUCUCAUUCUCUCUCUCGCUCUCUCAUUCUCUCUCUCGCUCUCUCAUUCUCUCUCUCGCUCUCUCAUUCUCUCCAUCUGGGAUCAGCAGCUUCCAUCUUAGACUUGAUCUGCUAUUGGAGAAUCAUUUCCAAACAAUACUUUAUUUUUUAUUUUUAGACGUUAAUAAUCCAAAAAGACUCCUAAAUCCUCUACUAGCUCGUUUUUAUCGUUAGCUGUCUUUGAGGGUGACUGGGUUGUCAAGAAUUGCGAGCGAGCGAAUGAUGAGUGUGCGCGCCAGACCGUUCCAGUAUUUAUUUAGUACGACUUUGAUUUCGAAAAGUCCUGUCCCGCUCUCAACACGAGUAAUUUCUUUUCCCCCUAUAUGCUCUGUGUUAAUGCUUCAGCGCGGACCAAGAAAGAGCUAUUAAGUUAAUCUUUUAUAUUUACUGGUCAUAGCAAUAAGGAUAUUUGGUGAUUUUUAUACUACUUUUGAAUGUGUAAAAAGUAGUAUAUCAUUAAAGUGUGUUUUUAGGGCAAAAUGAGACAAGCAAGCGAAGAUCUGGAGUUGGACAAGAAGACGGAGAUAUAUGUGUAUUAGAAAGGAGUGUCCUCAAUGUCACAUUGUCACUGUUACAUUUGGUAUUAUUAAGAUGAGUAUGAUUGAGUUUGUUUUUGUCGGAUACUUUUUUUUUUUCUUCUUUUUUUUUUCGCACUUGGUCAACUUCUGAUUGUGUUAUUGGAUUGGACUUGAAGUGUUUCAGGGUUACUGACUGUACUCUGUAGACCCAGGCUCUGCAUACCAAAUAGCACCCCAUUCCCUUUAUAGUGUAGUGCACUACAUAGGAAAUAAUGUGCCCUUUGGGACGCAGACUUUGUAGACCAGGUAAACAGAGGGAUGCAAUAAACUAGUGACUUUCUAGUGUAAACUGGGCUGGACUUAAAAAGGACCAACCAGAAGUGUAGGCCUGGAUAAAGGGAAAUAUUGCAGUAUUGUUUUUGUGAGUUCAAAUUAUUGAUGUUUAUAUGUUGUUCCUUUUCAUUUUAUAUCUUUAUUUUGUAGUCUGUCUUGUUUCUUCUUGUUUUUGUUUGUCGGAGGGUCAUCUCAUUUUAUUUUCUGCUCACUCCCCCAACCUCUGAUUCCCGCUCACUCCAUCAAAAACCAUAUUUUCCUAAUUAUUUUCCCUUUCAUCUCCCCUCCUAUUGUCUUUUUCACUCUUCCUCUCUCUGCCAUCGUUGUACUGCCCCCCCCCCCCCCCCCCCCCCCCUACUCCUUCCGUGUCUUGCCUGUGCACUGAGUAAGUCAGCUGUGUAAGUGUGUGAGCCUUGCUGUGCACGGCCAAACAGUGAGUGAUCAAAGGAUGUACUGUAUUUAUUAGGUUCAGGGAGGAAAGUGGGGUGGGGGUGUCGGGGGAGCAAAUGUACUGUAAAAGAUUUGAUUGUACACAAUGCCCUGGAGAGAAAUGAAAAGUUCUAAAAUAUGCAACAACUCAUCGGAGUGUUAUUUUUUUUAAAGUGUGCGUGUGUCAUCAACCAUUUUCAUAAAGUUUAACUAAAAAAGUA